AGAGAGAGAGAGAGAGAGAGAGAGAUGCAAAGGAUGAGAAAAUAUAGGUGAUACGAAAAUGUUUAUAAUUUCUCUCUCUCUCUCUCUCUCUCUCUCUCUCUCUCUCUCUCUCUCUCUCUCUCUCUCUCUCUCUCUCUCUCUCUCUCUCUCUGACGUCACUCCCUCCUUUCCUUCCUUUUCAAUAAUCCUUUCAAACUUCACUUCUUCACGAGCCACGAGAGAGAGAGGACAUCAUAACUACUACCACCACUACUACUACUACUACUACUACUACUACUACUACUACUACUACUACUACUACAAUGCACCAUCUCACCUCUUCAACCAUUACUACUCCAGCUACUACUACAAUUACGUUUUUUACCAGUCCCCCCUCUCCAUCUAUCACAGAAAACGUACUGGCUGAUUUCCUGUAUAUCUUUUAUAUCCCAUUUAUUGCUCUGGUCGGUUUGGUUGGGAAUAUAAUGAGCCUGGACGUGUUUCUGAAGACGAGGCUGAACCGACGUGGCACCUCGUGUUUCCUGUCGGCCAUGUCAGCGUCUGAUACCUUGUUCGUGUUGUUAUUGCUGUUUAGAUGGGCCUUUCACAAUGAGUCUUUCCCAGCUGUACGCCUUGCUAUUUUAGACACAGCGGUUGGGUGCAAGGUUGUGAAUUACCUAUAUGCUGCUCACACUACACUUGCUACCUGGCUCACCGUCGCUUAUACCACGGAACGGUGCAUUGCGGUACGGUAUCCCUUGCAGAGGCGGGCGCUGUGUACCGUGCGGAGAGCCAAGUGUACCAUCCUAGGCGUGGUACUGUUCACCUCAUUGUGUAAUCUGUACCUGCUUGUCACUAUCAGCAAGAUAGAUACGUUCAACUUCUGCGGGGUGCAAUAUCAGGAGGUGAUGACAGCCUUCAUGGUGGUGAACGCGGUGGUGAUGGUGGUGCUGCCGUUUCUCCUCAUUGUCAUCAUGAAUGGAGUUAUCAUAUGGCAGCUAUCCGCGCGAAACAACAUGAGACAGAGAGCCUCGCCCUGCCCACGUCCCGCGCGGCGCCGAACACACCAAGCCAAGAGAGAGAAAAACAACUCCACUUCUUCCUCAUCCACUCCUUCAGACAAUAUCACCCACUCCACUACUCACUCCACCCCUCCAUCUCCUCGCAGUCACUCCACGCUGUCCUUGAAUGCUUUAGACGAGAGAAAGAUAAGCAAAAAGCACGGGUCUUUUCUCUCCCCUCCAGCUACUUGUGAUAUCGAGUCCCAUUUUCUGUCAGAUGAGGCUGCGACAUGUUCUCUCAAAGCCACGGGGUCUAGAAAACGUGACGGUCGCAGUGAAAACCAGAGAGGAGAUAAAGAAGGCAGAGUUUUCUACAGAAGAGGCAAAGAUGAUAGUCAGAGAGAUGAUGGGAGAAAAGGUGAAGAAAAUGAGAUUAUAUUUGAGCUGCACGAUAAUUUAAAAGACAGCCAAAGAGAAAACUCGAGAAAUAAUGAAGAAAACGACGGUAUUAAAAACCAGAGCUAUCAGUUUCUCAUUCCUAAGGCGAAAACUAAAGAUACCAACAAGUUUUUCAUCAGUAAAGCAAGUGAGAACGAUAUUAGAAACCCAGAUGAUCAGUUUUUUCUCACCGACACGAAAAAUGGGAAGGAAAGGGUUAUUAGAAACCAGAAGACCAAACACAAGCAUUUCGUAAUCGCUGUGACGAGAAAUAAAGUUGAAAAUCGCAUUAUUAAACACCAUAGAGAACAUCACCACCGGUUUCUCGCGGCCAGAAGAGAUGGGAAAGAAAACGAGACUAUUAGAAACCAGAGCCACAAGGAAAACCGAUUUCUCGUCACCAAGGGAAAAAAUAUAGAAGAAAAAUUUAGAAACCAUUCACAGUCCAAUUAUCCAUCUAGAAAACAUGAAAACAGAACAUUGAAAACGGACAGAAAACAAGCAGACGGGAGUGUGAAACUGGAAACCAUAGUUAUCGCAGACCAUCGGAGGCACACCAAGACCACGACCACCACCACCACCACCACAGAGCAGAGCAUUGUGAGAAAACGCUUCUGUAACGUGAAGACUCAGAGGGAGAACCACCACAGCGUCUGCCACAGCCCGCCACAGCGCAGGGGUGCCAACCACAACACCACCAAGAUGCUGCUUCUCAUCUCCACUAUUUUUAUCAUUAUGAAUUUACCAAGGCACGUAGUGAAGAUGUACGUGUUGCUCCAUUACCAAGCGGAGGCACCCACGGAUGACGCCAUGCAGGAGACCCAGGCCCUUAUUCCGCUGCAGGAGGUUUUUGAGUGCCUCCACUACAGCCACACCUCUGUAAACUUUCUCCUGUACAUCCUUUGUGGCGCCACCUUCAGGCAACUGGUGGCGGCGCGGCUCAGGCAGGUGGUGUGCUGGCGGCUGUGAUCUAAUAAGGGGAGGUCUUCAAGUAGUAGCGCUGCUAAUAUAAGCGUUACUUUCUGGUAUUCGGGUAAAUCUCGUUUUCUGUUGUAUGAGUAGCGUAACUUGUGUAGCCAUUAAAGGGCGUAUAUAUUGUAAUGGCGUUAUGUAGGGGAGCCUCAUCUAAUUUAAACUGGAAAUGUUGA